AUGAUUGUAGAGUACUACAACUCCAGUCCUCAACUGGUUGGGACAAGCCCACGAGAACUUGGGCCAUGCAAGCAAAGAUGGGCUAGGAUCAACGAGGGAGUUUGUAAGUUUGCUGGCUGUUACGACAUGGCACUGAGGGAGCAGAGAAGCGGGCAAAAUGAGGACGAUGUGAUGAAGUCUGCCUUGGAUAUCUUUGCCAAUGACCAGGGAUCGAAGUUCAACUUCGAACAUGCGUGGAGGGAGCUUCGGCAUGAUGUGAAAUGGUGCUCUACCUAUCUAGAGAAGGACAAGCACAAACCAGCGGAUUCCCAAGGCGACGGUGAAGGGGCAGUGCCAGAGCCAGAGCCAGAAGAGCGGCCAAUAGGGGUUAAGGCUGCGAAGGCUGGUAGCAAGAGGAAGAAAACUGGAAAAGAGGAAGAGUUGGCAAAGCUAGAAAAUUUGUUGGAGCUAAAAAAAAAUCUCUCAGCAAAGUUUUCUAGAGAGUUUGCUUACAAAGCCCGAGCCUCUCUCUGA